CUCACCUCGUCCCAGGUCAGGAAAAAGCAAGACUUCGAUCAGUCUCGGUGGCGUCACAGGUAAGUCCUUUCAACUCUGGGCUUUCAUGGACAUUGUUAUAGAAGAAUGAAGACGGCUUUAACUAAAUUGAUUUUACGUAACCUGUAAGACGGUAGUCGAGCGUUCUCCAGGGGCAGUAGUAAUGUUCGGGAUUUCAACAGAAAAUAUAAAAAGAAAAACCGACCUGUAACUAUAACGCUGUCGUGGCAGUGGCAUGGGCUCCAGAAGUUUCACCUAUUUCUGGCACGAGAUUUUCGUCUCCGAUGUGCGUGAGAAACAAGAGAAUUUAAUAUUUUUAACUUCAUUUUGGAGAUGAAAUCCCGUUCAAUAAUUUGAAUAUAAAUGGUCGCGUCUGGGCUUGGUGGUGGCGGCAUUAGGCGCAUUCAGUAAAUAAGGUCAGAUUUUUAAAAUACUUUGAGCUUCGCUUUUGUUCGUGUGUUUCUGGAAGAAAAAAAAAUCAGAAGGCUAAACGACCCACUUCCCGUCAUCCUAUCGAGAUCAAACAUGGCACAUACACGCCUUGCUGGUGACAUCACACUCUGUUAAAUUUUCAGCCCCACUCCCGACCCCUUAAAUCAGAUUUUCAAAGUUUUUUUUAGGAGGGGGAGGGGUGUGAAAUGUUAAAGCUUUGUUAAGUGGAUGCAGGUUUUAGUGUAGAGAUUAAAUGUGCAGCUGUUGUUAUUUGCUUUGUAUUUGUGGCGUACUUGGGUAAGCAGUAAACAAAAAAUGUAUUUUUGAAGGGAAAAUAUAAAGGAAAUAUGAAUUUUGUUUUCGCCAGAGCUUGACCCAUUUCCAUACCCGCUCCUUAAUAAAGGCUAAAUCACGUGCAAAUACGUAAAUGCAAACAAAGAUGCAUAUUAAGGAUUUAUACGAAAAAAAAAAACUUUUUGAGGGUUCGACUCUCGUUUAGCUGUAAAAGGGACAUUUGCUAUGUGCACCGAUGCUCUGCGGUGCAUAAGUAGUGGCAGGGGUAGUUCACUUAAUGUGACUGUAAAACCCAGAAUAAAAGCGAUCCCCGCUUUUAAGGUCAUCCUCUUUUAAUCGAUCCUUUUAUUGCGUUGUCUCGUGGAACGGUUGUAUGUUAUAGUCUCUACAGUAUUCAAUAUAUAUAUAUAUAUAUAUAUAUAUAUAUAUAUAUAUAUAUAUAUAUAAUCUUUUUUUUUUUAUUAAUUAAAUUCAGAUAUUUCAAUCGUGAAUCCUUAUUGAUAUAGGCUUGAUAAGAGAACCAUUAUUCAAACUUAAACCUAAAAAAAAAAUGACGAACUUAAGCAAAGCUUCGGAAAUUUAAUUUUAAAAAAGUGCCAUCUGUAAACGGUUUAUAGAAAGCUGAGGAUUAAAAGUAAAUUGAUUUGUGAAAACCAUAAGCGUAGCUAUGGCAACUGGGCUCUCGGUGUUAUGGGCUAGAGAGUAAGGAAAGAUGACUGAAGGCAUCAUUUUAAAUAAUGAAUGUUUGUACUUAUUUAAAAAUAAAUUAAUGUAUGUAGUCGCUGUGAAUAUUAAAAGUGUGUUUAAAAAUAUCUGGAAGAAUUAUCCUAAUCAUUAUAACAAAAAAUGUAUAAAAUAAGAUAAUCUUAUUCUUUUUUAAACAUCCGUGUAGCGCAAGGAAAAAAAAAGGGGGGGGGGAACACUUUUUGUACAGAGAACCGCAUAGAAGUAAAUACUUUUUGGGGGCGGGUCACUUCUUGUUGUUUUUUCGUUCUAAUUUUUUAUUUUAAAAAAAUAUUAUUUUUUUUUGUAAUGAUCAAUUUUAUUGUUUGCAAAUUGAAAAUGGAUUUUGAAAUAUACAGCUCCCAGUUCAUUUCGAAAAUAAGCAGCGGAAUAUUCGUUUUUUUUUAAAGUUUGCUCAUACUAUAAUUACCGUAUUUAUAAGCGUAGAACACGCACUUUUUCUCCCUGAAAAUAGCGGACAAGUGAUGUGUGCGUGUUAGACGCCGAUAAAAUGCUUAGUUUUUUUACCUGAAAUUUGCUUCUUAAAUUGAAGUGCGUAUUAUACACCGGGGCGUGUUAUAAGCCAAUAAAUACGGUAUAUAGUUUGACAAUUUUAUGAUGUGAUAUGAAUUUUUUUUAUUUUUUUUUAUCGCUAAUCAUUUAAAAUGUGUAAUUUUUACGAAACAAUUAAUCAAGUUCCGAUGACAUCCUCCCGGUCGCAACAAACGGUUUCGGAUGGUGUCAUGUGACCCACCGGGUCGCAGGUUGCCAUCCCUGGUGUGACGUCUCAGUUAGUCGCUAAAAAUCGAUAUCCUGUUUCGACAGCUGUCAGUUUUGAAGAGUUCCGCCCCCCUGAGCCCCGCGCGAUUAAGGAAGUCUCGCGAAGUGGACAUCUGUUAGGUUCAGAUCUGAGACGCAGGAGACUUCUACGGCCCAACAGUGUAGCACCAACAGUGCAGCAUCGACAGUGUAGCGCCAACAGUGCAGCACCAACAGCGCAGCCCCAACAGUGCAGCCCCAGCAGUGCAGCACCAACAGUGCAGCACCAACAGUGCAGCCCCAGCAGUGCAGCCCCAACAGUCCAGCAUCAACAGUGUAGCCCCAAGUGUCACCCCACCAGUUAAGGCUCAAGCCAUGAAGUGCUCAAUGUGGACAGUGGUGUGUGUUCUCGUGGCCAUCGCCAGCCAAGCUGAUCUCAUCGGCGCAGCUCCGAGUCUAGGUAGGUGUUGGAGACUAGGGGCCUCUCGGCCUCUGGUUUCGUUCAGUGUCGCGGACAUCUGAAUUCUUGAUGCUCAAUCCUUUAUUAAACCGUUGAUUAAUCCUGUCAGUGUGCAGCCAUGACCAAUAGCAACAAUUAUAUGUCGUCUAAAGACAUACAAAUCUAUGUGUUCUUACGAUCAUAAACCAAUACACACAUACUGUAAUUUUACUGAGUAUUUAAAACAGGGACUUGCUUAAACAAUCCUUACCUGCUGUAAAUAUGUCGAGUAUUUCAAAGAGAAACUUGCUUACGCAAUCCUUACUUACAUUGAGUACAUCAAACAGGUACUUGCUCACCGAAUGACAACGGGAGAAGCUACUACCAAAAGGCAGAUAACCUCUGUUACAACAUCUAUUGCGACAAUGGCCUCGAACAGCUGGGAAAUGAUCACAGUAAGUUUGGCCGUUCAUAUAAGAAAUUUUUUUUUAAACAUUCUAAUAUUAAACAUUAUAAAUGACAAGCUAAGAGCACCUUUCCCAUUCUCCUUGAAUCUGUGUGGCGCUGUUGAAGGCGUUUAGCCAAAACGUUACUUUGGUUGUCUUGUUUUUUCUUUUAAGCUGUCACACACUGGCGUAGCAAGGGUGGGGCAUUUGGGACUGUCCGUCCCGAGCGUCACUUUUUUUUUUUCCUUUAAUGUGAAGGGUGACAUUUUCGGCCAAAGGCAUAAUUUUUUUUGGGGUGGCGGCGGGAAAAUUCUAUUCACGCCCCUGGUGGCGCCAAUCCCUGCUACGCCACGUCUUCGUGUUCUUACUGUUUCAUUCACACGGCUUGAAUGUAGUCCUCAACAUAUUACCCUUUAUAAGAAAAAAACACAAAUGUGAAGCCCAUAUAUUUUCUAUAUCUGUAUUUCUGAUUUGUGGGUUCCAUAAAACAUAUUGAGGUGGUAUAAAGCACUUCACCUGGAAAACACGUUUAAGUAUAGGUGAAGUAUAGGUGAGAAUAUCAAAACCUCUUUUCAUUGUGUCAAAAUUCUUGCCAUUCGGAUGCCAUUAUUGCCAACCAAAAUCUUUAUGUCUGUGCUGCCUCCUCCAUUUUAGGAUGUCUGAGCGACAACACGUGUUUUCCCAUCGGCACCUCGGUAAACCUCAACAACUGCGUCAUCAAAACAUGCCAAAGAACAGGAAAUGUUAUUGGAUUUUCAUUUACCAAAAAAGGUGAAUCUGAAGUUAAAAUGUAGCGAAACCAAUUAUUUGUCUUUAUUUCCAAUAAUAUCUUUCUUUUUUCUUUUUUUUUAAAGCCCAUGUGGGAUUUCACACAAAACGCGCAAAAUAAACUUCCCGAAAAGAUCUAUUUGAAGUUAGAGCUUCCACAACGGCUUAAGACUCUCUGAACUGAAAAGCUUCACUUUGUAUAAACGAUUGGUUUUGUAAGACUAUAUACUAUAUGAUUUAAAUGACGCUGUAGAAAAGUAUCAAGAGAAAUAAUCACAAAGGUUAAUCGUGAACAGGAACGGGCGAAUUCGUGCAAUCGUUACGUCAUAUCCAGUGGGAGAAGUAACCCUAGUUUUUAACUGUCAUCUUCUCCCAGAACCGAUAUAGAAUGUUGCGCUAUAGAACGUUGCGCUAUAGAAUGUUGCGCUAUAGAAUGUUGAGGGUAAUAUUACUGUAGGUAAACUUGUUCAUACGUUUUGAAUAAACUGACCACGCAAAAAAGGAAAGGAAAAAAACAUGGUUGACGGUUCCAUGAACUUGUAUUUUGCAGCAUGUCCAUUUCAAAAUGAGUGCUUGCUGCCAGGCACCGUGAAGACAAGCGGCUGUAUGAAGUACCAAUGCGUUGACAAGUCCAGAUCGGAGUAUAGCUUGGCCUUGUCCCUUCAAUCAGUUGAUGUUGGUAAGUACCCCUCACCCCACCCACCCACCCAAAAUCAUAUCGGCCUCAAAAAGACAAAUAGAAUAGUAAUAUAAAUCUAACCCAGUGGUUCUCAGCCAUUGUAGUGCCGCGACCCCUUUAUAAUAUUUGCCAAAACGUGGCGAACCACAACUAGAAAUAUACCUUCAAAUUGAGAAUCAGGUGUUGAGAAGGAGAGGGGUUAAAGUUUUUUUGUACAAUUAUGGCUGUUGGUACUUUAAAUUCGAUGGGGUUUUGGGGGGAAAGCAGAAAUGAGGGGCUAAAGAGGGUGGAGGGUUCUGAAAAGGGGGCGCUGUAUACGUCAAUUACCAACAAUUUUUUGGAUAAAUUCACACAACUCGCGUUUUUUUUUUUAUGGAUAAAAACUGAUACAUUUUUAGAGUGAUCCCCUUUGUGAAGUUUUUGGUAAAUUUUUCGUGUAUAAUUAUAAUUUCGAAAUUUCGCAACUCAAUCAGCAAUGGGUUAAAAGCAGAGUAUAACAAACCAAAAAAAAAAACCUAGGUUGCGGACGUCGGCAAGAUCCUUCACAACCCCCCCCUCCCACUUGUCCGCAUUUGUCCGACUUUGAACUAACCCCGCUCCCCUGUCUCUGCGGAUUUCCUUGAUGGACGAGCCCUCAGUCCGACUGAAGUUGUUAGACAAAAUUUCUAAUGAGACUCUUUGGUCCAUACUAAAAAUUGGCUCUUUGGCCUAAGUCUGUAGGUUCAUGGAAAUCAGGAAGGUUACUGAUUACUGAAGUAGCCCACAAUACUAGGUUUCACAUACUAUAAUACACAAUUCAUACAAUUGGUCAGUACUAUUUGUAAUUGAGCUGGUAUUGUAGCAAGCUUUUGAGAAGUUAAAUUAUCAACUGUUGCCAUGGUGCCGCAGGUUGUGUUGACAAGCAUGGCGGAUGUCAUCCACUUGGAACAACAAUUUCAGACAGUCCUUGUAUUGAGCAGACGUGUGUACAGACCGACAGAAAAGUUUUUUUCAACACAACUUUAACAGGUUAGUUCCCUUCUGGUAAAUAGACUUUAACGAGUUAGUUCCCUUCUGCUAAAUUUACUUUAACAGGUAAGUUCACUUCUGGCAAGUCUACAUCAGCAAGGGAUAUUUUACUGUGUAACAAUUUCAAACCAACAUGUCCCUCUAAAAUUUAGAGUAUAAAUCCCGUAUUUAUUUUUAAAAUGUUUAAAGUCAUUAAAAAGAAAAAAAACUGUUAUUUAUAUUAGAUUGGCUGGUGUCUAUUUGCUUCACAACAAGUGUCUAUUUGAUUCACAACAAGUGUCUAUUUGCUUCACAACAAUUGUCUAUUUGUUUCAUAACCGUUCUCAAUUGGUUUCGUAAUAGGUGUAUUUUUUUUCCAUGACUCAUUCUACUUGUCUUAUGCCAACUGGCGGUUUUUCUUGAUAGUUUUCGGUAUUAGUAUUUAUUCCCGCACAAAUUUCUACUUAAUGCAGUGGUUCUCAACCUUCCUGGUGCCGCGACCCUCUACUACAGUUUCUCGUGUCGUGGCGACCCCCAGCCACACAAUUAUUUUCAUUGUUACUUCAUAGCUGUAAGGAUAUGUGUUUUCAGAUGGUCUUAGGUGACCCCUGGAAAAGGGUCCCGCGACCCCCAAAGGGGUCGCGACCCACAGGUUGAGAACCGCUGACUUAAUGCAUGCAUUUGCAUUUUAACUAGACUAACUUCCACAUAUUUUUUACAAGAAGGGGCGCAGCCGUCUGUGGUAUUUACUCUAACGGGACGUGAAGUUGGCAACAUAAAUCAAUACUCAACACAAUACUCUUAUGUUAAGAGCAAAGCUGUCACCUUAGGACACCAUGCGCAGGAAAUACGUUCAUUGUUUGUGCAUCAAUGAAAACGUACAUCAAUCGUUCACGGCCGAUAAAGGCGCAGGGCCCAAUUUUAAAAUAAUAAUAAGACGUCUUAUAUAGCGCGGUACCCCAGCCUAGGGCUGGGCUCACCGCGCUGUACAUAAAAUUUUUUUCAAAAGAGACACAAUUAUGACAUUAAAAUAAAAUACAUUUAUGAAAUGUGUAUUGCUCCUGUUAGGAAGAACAAGAACGUGAAUCUCCGGAUCCUGGAAUUAUUUCUAGCGGCGCGAAAUGAGUUUCUUUAAACCUACACAGUCUCAGGAACACAUCUAUCAAACAAAUUUGUCCCCUGAGGACUCAGCACUUAUGAGUCGAGACAUCCAAUUAAUUGUUACGAUGAUAGCCGUUGACCGUGUCAAUUAAAGUAUCACAAUUUUUUUUUUCAAUUUAUUCUAGCUUGAAAUUAGAAACACUUUUAUCCAGUGAGUGUACGUAAUGCAGGGGGGGGGGGAAAGGGCGUCUCUCCCCCCACCCCAACGAGGGGGGGAAUCCAAUCUCGUUCCACACCCCACACCCCCCUUCCCCCUCUCAGGAACACAUCUAUCAAACAAAUUUGUCCCCUGAGGACUCAGCACUUAUGAGUCGAGACAUCCAAUUAAUUGUUACGAUGAUAGCCGUUGACCGUGUCAAUUAAAGUAUCACAAUUUUUUUUUCAAUUUAUUCUAGCUUGAAAUUAGAAACACUUUUAUCCAGUGAGUGUACGUAAUGCAGGGGGGGGGGGAAAGGGCGUCUCUCCCCCCACCCCAACGAGUGGUGGAAUCCAAUCUCGUUCCACACCCCACACCCCCCUUCCCCCAGCAGACCUUGGACUUGGUAAAUUCUGUGUGUAUGACAGGCCACUAAUGGUAUAGGUAUUUAAUCCAGGGGACUUAUUAUGAAUAUAAGCCAUUUUAUAAAAAGUAAAUUGAAAAAAUUGAUAGAACAGUGUUGAUUAUUUCAUAAUAAUAUUGAUGACAAACUACAACAAUUUCGCUAAUAACACAAUAUUUUUUUUUCAAAUGUUUUUUCCCCAGCAGAUUAUACUUAUCAAAUCUAGUGAUUAUUAAAAAAGUUAAUUAUUAGUAGUCCUAUUAUUUUAAUUUUAGUUUAUAUCCUUAAAAGUAUUCUAUACUCGAGGGUUGGAGAUCAUAUCCCAGCCGAAGUCAGGCAAUUCAAAUGAACUUUUCUGUUUUGCUCCUAGUUUUUGCCCCCCUCCCUCCCCCCCACCCCCAAAAGCACAAAAUAAAAUAAAUACAUAUGUAAUUUUGUUUAAAAUUCGGUUAUUUCCAAAUGUGUUCUUUCCCACAUUACUUGAUGUUACCUGGAGGAAUUCAAAAGCAGGUUGGGGAAGGGUAUGUUCUUUCACCGUCCCCUAAACUCAGAAAAGAGGCAACUGCUUUCUUCAUCCACCCCCCGCCUCCCCCCCCCCCCUGAGUAUACGCCCUUGACAUAAUGUAAACAUGAUGGGUCAAGGUACUUCCAGCGAUAGCUGAAUAUCUCAUAAUUGAAUCAUUUAAAACUGAGCAACAAGCUUUUCACAACAAAACAAAAAAAUAAUUCAAAAGCUAGGACACUGCAUUCUCUGCGCUCUUUUUACAGAAGAUAACAUGAUCUGCAGAUCGGGUCUUUACUUAUAAAUAAAUUGAGGCAUUCUGUUUACAUUUUUCAAAACUAUUUAUUUCUCUAGAGUUAUCUUCCGUAAGAUCCACCGUGUUGGCUGUACCGGUCACCUUGAUGGACAUAGCCGCUGGGUGGGUUGACACGAUAGUUGGUACCGUAAUCGCUUCGUCCAGAUCUGUAGUAGUCAUCAUUGUAUCGAGCAUUGUAGUUGUUACCGAAUCGGUUGUAAUCGUUGUUGCGAUAUCUGGAUUCAUAGCGGGGGGAGUGUUGGCCGUCUGACGUAGCUGAGAAUUUAACACACACGCAAAAGAAAUCACUAGGUUUGUUUACAUGUAAAUAUAGCCUUCUUUUUUAACGAGACAAAAAUAGAAAAAGUAUUAUUUCAUUCAAGUAUACUCAGCAAUCAAUGAUUGCACCAUAUUCAUUUGUGACUUAAGUGUGAUGUGGAUACUUGCAUAGGCACUGGGCUUAGGAAUGCGAUAUGGGGGGGGGGGGCUUACAUUAGCAUAUGGGCUUGGAACGGCUCAGGACUUGUGUUUGACAUGGUGGAAAAGGGGGGGGGGGGGCAUACACUAGCAUAGUGGCUUGGACUGGCUCAGGACUUGGGGUUGACAUGAGGACUUACACUAGCAUGGGGGCUUGGGGUUGCCAUGGGGACUUACACUAGCAUGGGGGCUUGGACUGGCUUGGGACUUGGGGUUCACGUGGGGGCUUACACAAGCCUAGGGGCUGGGACAGAAAUAGGUGCUUCGACUGACAUGGGGUUCUUGGGUCUAACAUAAGGUCCCUGGGUUGGCAUAGGACUUUGGACUGGCAUUGGGGCGUGAAGAUUAUUCUUAAAAUUACAGUUUUUGGCUUUAAGGAAAUUUGACCAAACGUUCUAGGAGCGAUCUCAGGUGGUAUAACCAUUUCAAAUUUGGUUGCGAUCGAUUUUUUGGUUUUUAAUUUUUUUCAACAACACUGGUAAACAUAUACAUACAUAUAUAAAUACACACAUAAGCACACACUAGCGCACGCACGCAGGUACACGUAGACAUAUACAUACGUACUUACAUACAGUCAAACAGUAAUGGUUAAGAAAUAUUUUCUGUAGCCUCGUGUAAUCAAAGAUACAAAGAAAGCACCCGUGUGUAUGUGAAGUAAUUACAGCAUACACACAUCACAUAGUUCGUGUAUAACAUACUUAGAUCACUUAGUCGGUGCAUAAAAUACUUAUAUGUCAUGGUUGGGGUAUAAAAUACUGACCUGACAGGGUAUGGUGUCUAACAUAUUUACACGAGUUUCUUGACGUAUGACGUACUUACAUGACGUGGUUGGUGUCACGUGACCGGUAUUGUUCGUCACCUAAUCCCCCGCUGACAAGUAGCAGGCAGACAAGGGAGACAAGUUGCGACAUUGAUGUGUUCAUCUGGAAUCUUAAGUAGAUAAAAAAAAAUGCCUAUCAAACUAUAGUAAUACUACUUUUUAUAAUGAAUUCAAGUUUUAUGGAUGACAAGAAGAGAUGUUUUAUUUUUAUUUUUUCAAAUAUUAAUAUUUUUAAGGUAAUUAAAAAAAAAAAUAAUUCUUUAUUUUUAGAUGGACGCAUUUUCAAUAUAAAAGUUUAAACGAAUUUUGGCGGCAUUGUUUCAAAGCAUUUCUAUUUCACGAAUUUGGCAUUUUUCUUUUCCAUAACCUUGUUGGAAAUGGGUGUAACAAUGGUUCACAAUUAAACAGUAAAGCAACAGUUUGUUUCUUCAAAUAACUCCUUUAUACAGACCACCCUGAUAAUUAAAGACAACUAGAUAGAGCCCGCCAAACAUUGGCGGCGUGAACUUCCCAUCUAGUAAAGUUACUUGACAAAACAUGAACUCAAGUAACGCACAUUUAAGAAUCCCAAUAUUUGCUACACCCCUUCCCCCAUGAUGCGUCACUGCACACUUUAGAUUUCACGCCCAUGAACUAUAUUUAUAUUCUCAUGUCCCAACCACUUUUAAACCGAAUAUUUUUUUACCCAAUACUUAAAUUAAGACAAUUCAUUUCCGAAAAGAAAAUAUUACGCACCAAACGCAAUUGCGUUAUUAAAACUAUAUAAUAUAUAUAUCAUUUAGCGUAGUUAUCGGGAAUUAUAUUUUGCGCGCUAGUGAACUCAUAAUUUAACCACACUUUGGCGUAUCUAUAUAUAGCCUGCAUGGUUUUGUUUCACCUUUGCUGGCGAAUUAUAUAUAGAGGUAAUUGAUGGACUGCAUUCAAGUUGUGUAAAAGCGUGGAUGAAUUUUCAUAUAUUUGUAUUUACAACAGAGCUCACAACUGUUAACCUGGUGCGUAGUAAAAUGACCCACGGCUUAAAAAAUGUGAAAGCCCUAUUUUAAACUUUAAAAAGAUAAUGUGCAAAGCUUGAAUGUGAAGAAAUACAUCUAGUGUUUCAAUCUGAUUUUAUGUAUGGAUAAUUGAAAUGAGUGAAUAAACAAAAAAAUUCUUUAAAUCAAUAAGGCUUGUCAUUUAAUGGCGAAAAUCUUUUAAUAGAACAUGUGUGGAUACAGUCGGGCCAAUCUCAUUGAGAAAACAUCCUGGUAUUCCGUUUGGCCAGCAGUCUUUCAACGGCUGGUCGGUACCUCUACGUUGAUGUGAGUCCUAACCUAGACACAAAUCGCGUGUACAACUUUAAUUUGCGAAAGAUUUUACAAACGAAUGGUUACCGCUACACAUACGCGUAAAUGCAGUGUUAGAAACUACGUUUUACAGCGAUGUGGACUUUUUCCGGGAGUACAAACCCUACUGAAGUAAAAACCCUAGGGCAAUUGUUAAGACUAAACUUACAACUGAACACAACUGUAAGUGAACACCAGGAGUUAUAAGUUAAAAAUCGACCGGCACAUUCUUACUUUUUCGAGCCUGCUGAAAUGGUCAGACAGUUUGUAUCAGGUUAAUAGUUGGUCACCUGCCUGGUCUGAAAUAGUCCCCAGAGACGGUCACCAACCCAAUGCUAUUUAUAGUGGUGGUAGACUGCCUUGACGUCACGAUUUCAGUCUUGAUGACAUAGACAGGUAUCAAACAGCAGACGGCCUGUAGAUUUAUCGCAAUGCCUCAAUGUCACUACCGACUGCCAGCCGCUUUCAACGGUUCUAUUUAAAAAAAAGUGAUCAUGGCCCCUUAUGUGUUUAUGUAUUCUCUUGCUGGCUACACACGCUGGCGAGAUAAAUUCACACAAAGCUCACACAAACUGUUUUCCUCAAGUACAAACAUCAAGAACAUUUCUCCACAGGGCACCUAAUAUAUUUUUUUUUUUUUUUUUUUUUUUUUUUUAAAAAAUUUUUUUGUGAAAUAAAAUUUUUUUUUUUUUUUUUUUUUUUUUUUAUUUAAAAAAUGUUCUUUGGAAGAUAAUACAUUGUUAUGUCGUUCAACUAAUCGGUUAAGUAAUUAUUGAAGGGACUGUUGCUUGGCAGUCGUUUUGUCCCAGUUGCUAUGUGACUUAUUCACAAAGUAGUAGCCACUUUUAAAAAAACAAAAACCUAUUAGAUGGGCGUCUUAGUCUUAUGCCGUCCCCGGGAUGGCAAGGGGUGUGUUAAUGACGUUAAAAUAUAUCUAUCCCAGUUCAAAUAAACUCAUGUUGGUGGUGCCGUGAGAGCAACACCGCCAACCGGCCGGGUGUCCCUCGGUCAGAGGCGCCCCACUUGCUUGCCUGGUCGAAUGGACGGCGGGUGAGGGCUUUCCCGGUGCCGGAGCGCUCCAGCGUGCCGCUUCGCGGCCCUGUUAGCUUUAGUUGGGUCGGGGAGGAGGAGGGGGGGUCAUGUUGGGUAGCCCUAAAUUACUCUGCUUCGAUGGUCUACUGUUUUUUAUGAUGAGAUUAGUUGAGAUUAGUCGUAAGUAAAUUAGAUUACAACCCAAAAGGACCCACACACAAAAAAACAACAACACCCACCACUGGGGCAAUAUGGCAUCCAUCGUUUGGUCAGUAGGGCAUUUACCACUUUGGGAACAGGUCAUCGACCACUAACUUCGCAGUUCAAACAGUAGAAGUGACUGACUUCUUAAGUAAUGCAGUAACGGUCGCCAACUUCGUUGCCUGUCAUCCCACUUCAUUGAUGACAUGACUACCGGAUGAUUGGUAGACGAGGAGACAAGCCGUAGUGUAUUGGUGGUUGAUUGAUCGAUUGGUAAGAACUUGUUUGUUUUUUUUUGGUGAAGUUUCAGUUUGUCUCAUUUCUCACAAUAGAUGAAUAUUGUAGUUGUAUAUGUGUAUUUGGGUUUAGUGCCGUCCGGGGCGGACCUAGACAUUUGCCGCCCGUCUUCCACGAAAAAAAAACUCUGCAGUUGACCGAAAAUGCCACCCCCUCCAUAUAAAGAAAAAGUGCCGCCAAUGGGUGGACCUCUCCCAACGCAUCCCCUUCCUACGCCGAUGUAUGGUAGAUAAAUAGGGAUGGUGUGUACAUAAGUGUGGUAGGUGUCCGUUCAAUUUGUUGCUAUUGGUCUUCACCUAAACAUGACAGCAACUCAAAAAAAUUUUUUAUAGAAAUACCUGCAUGUGAAUGGGUUGAAGAUUUUUUGGAGUUAGAUUCGAGUUGCUAGUGUUUAAUUUUUAAAAAACGCCUAAAAAUUAUUUUCUUUUAGGAUAACUCAUUGCUAUGAAUAUUUGUCUGCAUGUAUGUGAAUGCACGUGAUUUAUCCUUUAUUGAGAAGCGGUUAUGUAAAUGGGUCAACGGCUGACUAAAACACGUUUCAUAUGUCCCUCUAUUUCCCCUUCAAAAAUACAUUUAAUUUUCACUGCAUACCCAAAAACGUCACACAUACACAGUACAUGGCAACAGCUACACACGUAAUCUCCACACCAAACAAAAAAAACAAGCCAACGAUUGAACACAAGAUUAACAUUCCUCCCUUGAAAAACAGGAAACCUGGAUUAGAGGCGCCUUGAUGGUGGGCGAUGGGGCAAAAAAUUUGAUAGAAUAUGUUGUCAUCGCCAACGAGUCUAUGUGGCAAUUUUCAGCCUGAUAGGAUGACGGGAAGUGGGUCAAUUAGCAGUUCGAAGAUUUUGCAAAACCUCGAUGAACAAAGAAAAGCGAAUUUAAUAUUACGAAUUUUAAUAAAUCUCUACAUCUUAUAAUGAAAACAUAUAAAUGACCUUAUUUAUCACCAUUUUUUAGCACUCUCAUAUUCAGAGAUCACCAAUCUCCUGUCACCCUCACAUUCGGAGGCCACGUUUUUAAUUAUUUGUCACCUUCCCCUUCAGUGCCUACCAAACUCCUGGCUCCCCCUCAAUUCAGUGCCCACCAAUCUCCUGGCUCCCCUUCACCUUCAGUGCCCACCAAUCUCCUGCCCCCCCCCUCCCCUUCAAUGUCCAACAUUCACCUGUCAUGCUCCCAUUCAGAGGUCAUUGUUUCCCACUUUCCCUCACUUCGCUAAUUCUCGUGUAUUUGGGUCCGACGGUACAAUGUUACCGGACGGCGUGUCUGACCUACUUUUACUUGUACACUUCAACCAGCUUAGGCUCAUUUGAACGUUAAAAAACAACGAAUUCACCUGCCCGUUUUUGUCAACAUAAACCGCAAACUUGGAGCAUGGAAAGUUUUUUUUUUUUUAAAGUUUUACUAUUUAAAAGAAGUUUACAUUUCAUGUUUUAUCGCAGUGAGAAGUUUAGGUUGGAUAACCAACACACUUUAUUUUACAUAAAAACGGGUGGAAAAAAAAAGUUUAACAUAAAGCUAUUUUAAGGUAAACACUGUAUAGAUUAGAAGCUACUACAUUCAUUUAGAACUUCUUCUUCUUCUUGUAAAUUUUAAGGGCCGACGAUCAAUGUAUUGAUCAUUCUGGAUCCUUCAUAAAUAAUUCAAAAAUAUAUUCAAAUCUGAUUUCAUAAUAUUUGAGAAAAAUCUUAGGGACUUAUGACAUAAGAAACAUGAGGAGGAUAUUUAUAUAACCGUAAAAUCCUUAUUAAAAAUCAAAAGUUCUACAAUAAGGUUAGACAUUUCUAGAAAGUUUUUUAAAAGAAGUAUUUACCGAUCCCGAAGUUAUUUCCAGGAAAGUAAAAUAUCCAUAAACUUGAAGAAAGCAAUGACAUUUUCCUAAUCUUUAUACCUACGUGGAACUAUAUAGAACUUUGGUUACCGGAAAUUUGAUCGAAAGAAAUUUCGUCGACGGAAAAUUGAUCGAAAGGAAAUUAGGUCGAAUCAUUUUUUUUUUCAGCUCACACGUUAAAAUUUUCGUCAAAUUUCUUUUUGAACGCACUAUAUAAUAUGGUAAAACAAAAUAAUGCAUCCACAGCGAUAUUUGAAGCAAAAUUUUAACGUGUGAACUUAAAAAAACAAUUAAAAAUGUCCGUUCGAUCAACUUUCCGUCGACAACAUUUCUUUCGAUCAAAUUUCCGGAUACGUACAAAUUUGUUUGAAAAUGUAUAAAAAAAAAUUUUUUUUUAAAGUUUCAUUAUUUCAACUCCGAAACACCUGAAACAAAAUGACCGGGUCAAGUUUGGUUGCAAACCAUUUUGUUUGUUGUUGGGUUUUGUGUGGUCAAUCGACCAAUGAACAAGCAAACUGAGUCGCACGGAACUUUAUGUAGCAGAUAGUAGAGGAAUAAGGGCAAAAUUAGGUGGUGGUUUGUUUUUUUUUCAAUUGUUGUUGUUUUUUUAUCGCAGCGUCUGUGUAAAAGUGCUGACAAGUGUUUAAAGACAAUGUUUUGAGUGAAAGUCAUGACAACAGUUUUAAGACAGUGUUUUGUGUUAAAUUGAUGACCACUGUUAAACGACUGACUUUGGUGGACACUUAGUUUUAAAUAGAUUGAGAUCAAAACUUUUAACAAUUUUUUUUUGGUUACUGCACGAGACGCAUGGUGACGUCAUUCGGUUGACAGCCGGCUCUUUCAAUGUUCUCUUUCAUAUUAAAACUGUUUUGUUUUUUUGAGUAUUUGGUAAGAAGUACGCUAACAGAAUCCUCCAUUCCGUUUAAUAAUAUGAAAGUGAUCGCAGUAUUUACUCUUGUCUAAACCGUAAGAGUAUUCACUAAAUAGAGAAAAAUAUAGACAUCUCUUUGGUUGACAGGAAAAAUGGCAUGGUAAAACAGUUUCAUUUCUAUCAAAGUUAAAUAUUAAAGAAUAUUGACAAGUGGACGGCCAUUUUUUUUCACAGAAUGGCCAUUAUUUCAAACCAAGGUUAAAAUAGAAUUCAAGGCGGUUAUUCGAGCAAAGUAAAACCAAAUAUCGUUUGCAAGGUCAAUAUAUUUCACAGAGGAAUGUUGUAGAAACGGAAGUAAGUUUAAGCGCGGAAGUUAGUUCGGAUGGAAAUUUUUUAAAUACUUUUUAGAGCUUUUAUAUGGAAUGUGUGAGAAAAGGGAAAAAGUUAACUUUUUUUUCUUUUUUUUUUUUUUUAUAAUACAAAUCGACUUUUCAAGCUAAGUUCCAUCCAAACGCAUACAUAAUUAUGUUUCAAACGAAUUGGUUUGGUACAAACUUCCGGAUAAGAGCAAAAUGCAUUAGAAGUGCAAAAGACGAAUUUAUCUGCUACCUGUUACCUGUGUAUUCAACUUUCUCCACUUAACUGUGCUAUAUAUCUGACGUAACUACCUUAAAAAGUUGGGGAUUUGUAGGAAUUUAGCCUCGCUUUAAGGAAGUUAACUUCUAAAAUAAAUUUAGAAUUUUCUAGUACAGAUGAAAACUUCUACGUCCAGGUCAAGGGACAGGUGAAGCUUGUCGGAUCACGUGACAGUGCCAUGACCUUCUCACCUACCCCCUCCCGCCAGAUCCAGCCCUCGUCCGCAACUCACAACUGUUUAGAAUGGUCUGGAAAGUAAAUCGCUAUUUAAGCACUGGGCCCUCAAAAUAGUUUCACUUGAUGUCUUGGCCCGAAGCAGUGUUUCCCAAACGUUUGACUUCUGUGUCCCCCCUGUCUAUAAUUUUCGAAAAAACACACAGAAUCCCUCGUUAAAAAAUGCAUAUACUUUAAUAACAAUAAAGAAAUAUUUAUUUUUUUCCUUUGCAGCGUGUAUCCCUACCAAACUCUUUCCAGGGGUACGCGUACGACACUUUGAGGAACACUGGCCUUAAUUAUAGCCCCCAGUGUUGUGACAUAUUAGCUUCUAUAAAAACAUACAUCUUAAAGGGCAGUUGUACUUAACCUACUUUCAGUGACCUUGACCUGUAGGUGGCCGAGACCUGAGUUAUAUAAACAGUGACACUCUAUAGCAAUUAGCCUAUUUCUCGUUAAGUGACCACAUUUGAUUUGAUAUCCUCGCAUCCUCUUGUUUGUCGUUAUUUCUUUGCAUGAAAGGUGAACACAUUUUGAAAUUGGAACAUUCGAAACAAAUGAAGUCUAAAAAAAUUAAUAAAUACGUUUUGGCGGAAAUAUAAGCUUGGCUUCCCCCCUAACGUUAGCGGAGUAUACAUAAAUAUAUCUAUAUAUAUAUACUUUUUUUGUCCGCUGCAAUGGGACGAUGGUGUAGAGUUCGCAGGACGAGAUCCACAAGGCCUGGGAUUAUUCUUCUACGAUCAUAAGCUGGUUCCCAACAGGAAAUCGCCGUCUCUCCACGCCGCUGGAUAACCCAGGGGAACACCAUGUGGAUGAUACAGCUUGGUACCAGGGGCGUGGCAGGAGUUGUCGGGGGGUUUCAUUGUACAAAUUUUAUCCCCCCUACGGGACUCCAUCUCCGGGUUGGAAUUCAGAGUUUCGUUCUCUUAGAUGAGUUGCCAUCCAAGGUUGAUGAGUUGCCAUCCAAGGUUGAUGAGUUUCCAUCCAAGGUUGAUGAGUUUCCAUCCAAGGUUGAUGAGUUGCCAUCCAAGGUUAACGAUUCCCAUCCCCCUUAGGGGCUGGUGAUGUUUUUUGCUUGAUUUGGCUUUGCUGGGGUCUGCACUCCAGGCCAUCAACCUGAGAUUUGCUCAGUUUAGACCACCAUUUUUGUAUAAUAUUUUUUUUAUAACUUCUUUGAAUGUGUAAUGGUUGUGUUGUAGAUUCACUACUCAUGAGGAAACACUUGAAACGUAUUUGUGUGUUGUUUAGUUUUGAAUGUGCCGUCUAUUUUCUAAUUUAUUGCCGUCAAGCCCGCCCCAACAACAGAGAAUGGAAAAAAUGGGUCAAACGCCUGUAAGACAAGACAGUCACUAUCCGUUCUAUGCGUUUUAGAAAUCUAUUUAUUUUCAAAUUUCUAAGAACACUUUUGAAGAAGUUCUAAGGAAAUUAUUACUAUUAGUUUGGUAAAUAUGUGACCAAAAAAAAAAUAAAAUCGAAUUGCUCCAAUUAAAAUUAUUUAUAGAUUAGACCAGGUCGGGGCCAUGUGAAAGGGGGCGGGUCAAGAUGGCUGCCAUUCCGGGUCCCAACUUCGGAGACUCCAAAGUCGUUAAUUGUCCCUAUAUAUUUGGUGGCUUAUCGUAGGUAUCCAUGGUAUAUAGAGCUAUAUGCACUAGCGUAGAAAUGUUCUGCACCGGGCUCCAAGAACAAGGGGCACCAAAAUAGUAAAUUAUAUAUAUAUAUAUAUUAUAUAUAUAUAUACUAGCCUUUAUAAUACCAAUAUAAUAAAUGAAUAAUUGGUGAAGCGGUGGCUAGAGUGGUAGUAGCGAUAAAAUUACUUAUGUCUCCUUCCCUUAUAACAUGUUACAUGCAACUCCUUACUUAAAACGAUGUCAAUUUUACGCUUUUAAGCAUCACGGGGCGUCAUUAAGGUGGGUAUCACCCUUUGCGGUAAGCUCAUGGCGUCAGCCUCCACUCUUUCCAUACUCCUCACCCCCGUCAGAGGCCAGCACGGGGCAAUUUCUUCAACCAGGCCAUACUGAAGGGCGUUGAGUGUUGUUUUAGGUACCGAUGUCAAAAAUGCAACCAGUGUUUAUGUUUUUUUGAAACACAAGACUUAAUACUUAAUACUUUACUGUCAUUGUCUUCAAGCAUGCAAACAACUUCAGCAAAAACAACAUUCGUCACCAUCAUCGCUUCCAGUUAAUCCAUGGUAGAUCGUAAAAAAAUGUCUUUAUAAAUUUAAUUUUUUGAAAAUCUCGCAUCACAUGAAGCCACAAUUACACAGAUCGUGAAAUUUAUUAAUGCAAGCUUAUUGAGAGGAUUGUGAGAGAUUCUGGGACAUUACAUUCAGCUAUGAAUUUUUAAAAAAAAACAUCAACAAUUGACCAAUCUUUAGCUUCGUCGAGAUAAAUACCUCCUGCCUUCGGGUGCCUUAACAGACUUGGUAUUUCAAAUAAAAGUUCACUUCCAGAUAACUCAUCAUAGUCAAUUUGGGAAUGACACCAACAACUAUUCUCAGGUCACAAAUAGCAGACUUUUGGCUUCAACAGACAUAUCUGUUACAUCUUGAUGGCUCCUUGUCUGAUCUUGAGUUCAGAAUGAGAGUGAUCAAUUACCGCCCUGUCGUUCUCUUCCGGCAAAAUAAGUAUGAUGUAUUUUGAUUGCACCCCUCUCAUAAAUGUAACCCCUCCAGAUUUCCCCAUGAAGCUCCUCCGUCUCUGUUGGCACACUGUUCUGGUGAGUCUCUGUUAUGGUGGUAUCAUGUUCUGUUGGCAACAUAUGCACAUCUGUUUGGUGAAUCCUUUUCAAAUUUGCAUAUUCCAUUUUUUAGUCAUAGCCUCAUUAGGGUGUCACCCGGUGCGGUCAGCGCCCCCAGCACCCCCCCCCCUUAAUGUUCAACAUUACUCUUCGCUAAAUAAUCAGCAUUCUCCCCGAAAUAAAGAUUCGCAGCAUUUUUACUUUUGUCAAAAAAAAUGAACAAACCGUGAUGACUGCAAAUGAGAUCAGUAUGGGUGAACUUUCAAGUUAUGUGGAUGGCCAGACCUGCAACCCGCCUCAAAUCCUUAACGACAGUUCGUGUCCUAGACAUUCGAAUGGCGUUAAGUAAGGAGUUGUAAAUGAUAAGAAGAUGUGACAGAUCAAUGACAGGUAGGUGUGGCACAUAAAUGGCAGAUAUAAAUGAAGUACAAAAAUAACAGGUAUUUAUAACACGUGAAUGAAUGGAGCGUUAACAGCUGAAACGAUUUUUGUUUUCAACUCUGCAUCUUAAGAAGUGUUUAAGAAAGUUGAGCUGGCUACAUCAAAUUAAUUGAAACAAAUAUUAAAUUAUUGUUAUUUUGUUUAGUUCACUCUUGUGUCGUUUACAAAUUCUAGAAACUAUCAGACGUUUUGUGGGCUCGGCUUUAUUAAGUAGGCAUUAUUUGGAUUGGUCUGGUUGUAAUCACGUGACUGUGUUAUUUUUGUAGACUGCUAACCCUUGCCCUGACAGGUUUAACUUUGUUUCGUCACGCUAGAAAUCUUAAGCAAAGAAUCUUUAUUUUUAGUUGUCUGAAAUUUAUUUAUUUUUUAUUCCCAAAAUCUCUCAAACAUCUUCUCAUGUCCCUUAUCACUGGUAUGUUCCUGUUUCAUACAAUUCCAGCGGUCGGUAUCCUUACAGUUAUUGUUUGAGGAUUUUAAGCACAUCUUGGGUAGUGUUUCCAAAAAUAUCGAUUACCAUUUUAAAGAAGUUUUACAAAUCGAAGCGUAUCUAGGAGGAACUCAUUCCAAGAAAUAUGAGCUUAGAAUCAAAUAAAAUGAACAUUUUACUGGCCCUUGAGAUUAUUUUAAAAUAUGGAUUGGAUAAAAUGAUGAGACACAAGUAUAAACACAAGAAGAACUAAACAGAAGACAACGACAUCGAACUUAAUGUACUGACAAGUUCCAAGACGAAAAAAAAAAGUAAUUAACUAAAUUAUGACCACAGCAUUUUAUUUCGCUAUAGCCAACAUUGUUAUAGUUAUUAAUUAACCAAGGCCCCCAAGUCCACCAAGUCCGCCAAGGCCCCCAAGGCCGCCAAGGCCGCCAAGCCCACCAAGGCCGCCAAGCCCACCGAGGCCACCAAGGCCACCAAGGCCAGUGAGUAGUCCAUCGAGUCCUCCGCCGAGUCCAAUCAGUACUCCACCAAGUCCGUCAAAGACUGCAUCGACGCCCAGUCCUCCCAGUCCACCCAGUCCAGCCAAUCCGCCCAGUCCACCCAGUCCACCAACUCCAUCCAAGGCCGCACUGACACCCAACGCUCCACCGAGUCCACCAAGCGAUCCCAGACCACCCAAGCUGCCGCCUCGUCCACCCCAGAUCCGACCUCUGCCCCCCCAGUUUCCGAAGCGAGGCCCGCCUGGGAUUCCCGAAAGCCCGUAGCCCCUGUGGAGAGAGAGAGAGAAAAAAACACCUUUGUAAUGAAAAGACGACCAAUGAUCGUUAGUUGUUACUAAGUUAACUCCUUUGUGUGUAUCAAAUUUAACACUUGCUAUUACACGUCUAUCAUUUUAAUUCAGCGGUUCUCAAACCUUUCCAACAUGAACGGUUUCAAUCACUUGGAACAAACGACUGAAACUUAUUCGAACAAUAUCAGACUGUCGGUUCAUUGAACCCAAGAAAUCAUUUUACGACACCUCUUAGGGUCGCAUCCCAUAGGUGAUGUUUCAACACAGCAGAGGCUUCAUAGAAUUUAUAAGAUAUCUUCUUUCAAAACAUGUCAGAAUUUGCUUAUUCCAGAUGUACUUCAAACAUUCCAUCUACUGCGUUCGGACAACAUACGUGUCUUAAAUGUGUAGGUCUGUAUGUGUGUGUCUGUAUGUGUGUUCUGUAUGUAUAUGUCUGUGUGUGUUUGUCUGUAUGUGUGUGUCUGCAUGAGUGUAGGCUUUGGUUUCAUUUGGCUUAAGAGCACCUGUCGAAAUGUAACAUCUCAACAUCUUACUAAGGAUCCCUUUAAUUACGAUAAAUAGAUCAGACUCCAAGUUUGCUGACAUGUUUCCAGCCUGGGGGUGCUGUCAACGAGUGGAAGGGUGACUAUACAAACAGAGGAGCCCUUGGCUUUUAAAUUCUAAUAAGUUUAUUUGUAUUUUUUUUUAAAUUCAUUUCUAAAUUACUAUUUAACUUUAUAAAAUAUCAUCUCCUAAAUUCUACAAUUUUCUUUAUAAAAAAAUAAAAAAAUUAGAAGUCCAUUUUCCUAAUUUUUUAAAAUAAACUCUUAUUCUUGCAAAGGAUUGCGUAACUCUAUCAAACAAUUGAUAGGAUGUGAAGAAUAUAGAAAAUGUUGGGGAGCCCUGAUGUAUUGUUAUAAAUUUGAUAUUUUGUACAUAGCACGCUUAAAAGGAGAAUUCAUGUUAAGGUGACUUCUGGACUAACCAAAAAAAAAAAAAACAACCCCACCUGUAAUUUUGAAUUGUCAUUGAAACAAAGAUUGCGACACAAGACAUCAUUUCCGACAGUGCAGUAAAUGGUUUUGGGGAAGGGGGGGGGGGGUGUGGUGUAAAUUUGGUUUUAAAAAAUUGACAGCCCUCUACUUGAAAUUCUCGUAAAGAUGAGUGAUUUGAUUAGUUUGUGGGCAUAAGUUCAGGAAAUAUUAAUUCAAGUGAACUGGAGCGCAGUGAAAGUAAAUCCAAACACAACUCCGAAAAAUGAAUGUUGUUGUGGAGACAAGAUUUAAACUGUUGAGAAACACAUUGAACAUUUUUUCCCCUGUUCUAUUUUCACUUUUUUUUUCUGCGUCCGAUUCAAAGAAGUUUUAAAAAAAAAAAAAAAAAGCAGGAGGCGACAUCUGAUUCCUACUCCCACUUUUGUUUUUAUCUGACCACACAUUCCUAAUGUUCUGCUCUCUUGCAAGCUCCUUUUAUCCUCCUUUGUGUACAAUUAUUUUUUUUUCUCGUAUAAGCAUGCUUGGCGCCAGCUGAGGUUUUCUUAAAGGAAGAUGCUCAAUUGCUAAGAGUUUUCCGUAAACUGUCCAGGUCGCGGGCUUCGUUAAAACCUCUUCUUCCCCCCCAGGUACCCUUUUAAUUAAGAAUCCAUAUUUUUUAACAAAAUGUUUCUUACCCGGCUAAGCCGACAUCACCAGCAGCAAAGCAGCUGGCCAUCAGCAGGCUGGCUACAACGGCGAGAGAAACAAGACUGCACGUCAUGGUGGGGAGCUUUCUUUAGGCUGCAACCAAAUAUUUUAAAAAAAAAUAUUAUUACAUAUAAGUUUAUAAUUGAAUAAUAUAUUAUAGAAUAAUAAUAACACUAAGUUAAAUUUACUUGAUAUGCAAGUACAUUUUUAACGUGACCAAUGUGAAGGAAAUGCUGAACCAAUUCCGUUUUGUAAAAAAACCACAUGCUUAACAUUAAAUGUUAGAUAGUAUUAUAUGAGGUCAUGUUUAUAGUGUUCAGGUAAGAUAAGGUUGUCCUGAAUUGGUCGAUCUUAAAUGUAUUUUAGUAUCUCUGGACAAAUGUCUUUAACAUCUCUGAACAAAUGUCUUUAGUAUCUCUGGACAAACGUCUUUAGCAUCUCUGGACACAUGUCUUUAGCAUCUCUGGACAAACGUCUUUAGCAUCUCUGGACACAUGUCUUUAGCAUCUCUGGACAAACGUCUUUAACAUCUUUGAACAAAUGUCUUUAGCAUCUCUGGACACAUGUCUUUAGCAUCUCUGGACACAUGUCUUUAGUAUCUCUGGACAAACGUCUUUAGCAUCUCUGGAUCAAUGUCGUUAUUAUCUCUGAACAAAUGUCUUUAGCAUCUCUGGAUCAAUGUCGUUAUUAUCUCUGAACAAAUGUCUUUAGCAUCUCUGGACAGAUUAAUGUCUCCAGUGUCUCUGGACAUUUUUUAAAAUGUUUCCUGACAGUUGCAUCAAUCGUGAUUUUGACAUUAAGAAUUCAAGUAGUAUGACGAGGUCAAUAGGGAAAAUGACUAACUUAGAUUAGACUCUGAUGGUCUUCUUUCCAGUCUUACCUUCCCGUUUCAGGCAGGAACAAAUAUCGUGUACGGUUCGGCUGGUUAGGAUGGCGGUGGUCUUACUGCCAACUUGCAGACCGACACUAUUUAUAGCAACCGAGGGGAACCUUGUGUAAGAGGUUGAGAUUUACCAGCGGACAGGUUGUCAUAGAAAUUUCCGCAUGACCCGGGACAGUCCACCGCACCCCUUCCCCGUCCCCUGUGGAAACCCUUUUUUUUUGAGGUCACGGCUUUGUUUUGAUUUAUUCUGUCCGAAACACGGCGCACAGAAUGUCUUUUAUAAGGCUAAUGUUUUCAACCGUCGUGCCUCGUCAUGGCCUGGAUUGUACUGGAAGCUUCUAGAGAGAUUCUCCGCACUCUUGUGGUCUAUAUAUCUUGAGUACAAAUGUGGUUCAGAGAAAACUGGUUUAAUUUAGGAGCUUUUCCUACAGUUUUCAUUUUUCUGUCUUACAUAACUUUCCUAAUGCUAUUUUAACAAUUUCUAAUACAGACAUUUAUAUAAUUUACCUUAAUGGGAAGACUAGAUAACUCUUGGUAUAUGCCAUAUAAUCCAUUUUAUAAGCAUGUGAUACUUCAAUUUAGGACUAAAGACUACAAAAAAAAAAACUUCAUUUAAAGUUUAUGUUUAAUAAGUUUAUAGGCAUUGCCAGUUCAAUUAUGGACUAUACUUCCUUUAUUUAGUAUUCUUUAUUCGCUUGUUGGCUAAGUACAACAUAGGUUCUGAAAAUGUUGUUUCUUUGUGUUAUAGUCAUUUUUUGUGUGUGUUUGUUUCAUUUUGGAAACAAUUUCGGCUUAUAUUCUGUGUGUGUGUUGGGGGGGGGAGGGGGGGAGAUUUGAGGGCCUUCCAUAAAGUACGUUACGCUUAAGAAAGGGGGUGGGGGGAGGACUAAGAGGGUGUGACAGUUUGUGACACGGGGAAAGUGGGGGAUAAAUGAUGUGUAACGUUACACAUUUAUAUAUCUUUAUAAUAGAUGUGAAAGCUGACAUUGACAGUGAAGUUAAACUUUCUGUCGUACUGGACGUAUUCUGACAGAACUUAGUAGCGUCUUUUAUUAUGAGUGAACUGCGCUUUAGAAUGAAUUUUAAUCAUUUAUAAUUAUAUUGAACACAAUUUUUUUUUAAAUUCUGGAAUUGGGGCGUACCGUAUUUUCCGGCGUUUAAGACGACUGGGCGUAUAAGACGACCCCCCUAGUUUUCCUGUUAAAAUAUAGGGUUUGAGCCAUACUCGCCGUAUAAGACGACCCCCUAGUUUUCCUGUAAAAAAUAGGGUUUAAUUAAGCCAUAUUCGCUGUAUGAGACGACCGCCUAGUUUUCCUGUUAAACUAUAGGGUUUAAUUAAGCCAUACUCGCCGUAUAAGACGACCCCCUAGUUUUCCUGUUAAAAUAUAGGGUUUAAUUAAGCCAUACUCGCCGUAUAAGACGACCCCACUAGUUUUCCUGUUAAAAUAUAGGGUUUAAUUAAGCCAUACUCGCCGUAUAAGACGACCCCACUAGUUUUCCUGUUAAAAUAUAGGGUUUAAUUAAGCCAUACUCGCCGUAUAAGACGACCCCCUAGUUUUCCUGUUAAAAUAUAGGGUUUAAUUAAGCCAUACUCGCCGUAUAAGACGACCCCCUAGUUUUCCUGUUAAAAUAUAGUGUUUAAUUAAGCCAUACUCGCCGUAUAAGGACUACCCCUCAAUCAACGCACACCGAAUCAAAAUUUAAAAACAUCAGAUUUGAUUUCGAUGCCUAUGACAUGCAGGUACUUAGCAGGACAGCUGUCACUUAUAAACAUAAGGUUUUUUGUUAUCCAUCAUGUCAACAUAAAACAGUGCAGGUGGAUGAAACUUUUCCUAAGUCACUUCUAAAGCUGAAAUGAAGGAUGAGACUCAAGACAAUCAACCCAUGGGAGCUGUCAUGCUUUUUGUUUUCUAAGCUGUCAACCAUCCUGGAACUAGAGGGUGCCUGUCCCUGAAGCUUCAGCAUGCUGUAUACCAGCUUAAUAAGACGACGCCCCCCCCCCCCCCGCGUAUAAGACGAUUCCACGACUUUUGAAAAAGAUUUUCAUGGGUUGAAAAAUUGUCUCAUACGCCGGAAAAUACGGUGUUUUGGGGAAAGAAUAAAAGCGGGGGAGGGGGGAUGGGAGAGAUUUGCCAGAGAUUGUGAAAUUCCCACCCCCGCCCCCCCCCCUUUUUUUUUGUACAAACUACUUGAAGAACCUUGUAACAUGGCAUACUCAUGUUAAGAAACAUAAACCAAAUAUCUGUAGUUAUGGGUCAAUAAAUUUGUCAACUAGUCACCUAAUCAGCUUUGUCAGCUAGUCACCUAAUCAGCUUUGUCAGCUAGUCACCUAAUCAGCUUGUCACGUAAUCAGCUUUUUCAGCUAGUCACCUAAUCAGCUUUGUCAGCUAGUCACCUAAUCAGCUUUGUCAGCUAGUCACCUAAUCAGCUUUGUCAGCUAGUCACCUAAUCAGCUUGUCACCUAAUCAGCUUUGUCAGCUAGUCACCUAAUCAGCUUUGUCAGCUAGUCACCUAAUCAGCUUUGUCAGCUAGUCACCUAAUCAGCUUGUCACCUAAUCAGUUUUGUCAGCUAGUCACCUAAUCAGCUUUGUCAACUAGUCACCUAAUCAGCUUUGUCAGCUAGUCACCUAAUCAGCUUUUUCAGCUAGUCACCUAAUCAGCUUUGUCAGCUAGUCACCUAAUCAGCUUUGUCAGCUAGUCACCUAAUCAGCUUGUCACGUAAUCAGCUUUUUCAGCUAGUCACCUAAUCAGCUAGUCAGAUAGUCACCUAAUGGCUUUGCUGGUGCAAAUGGGAUCGUCGCGACUAAGAAAAGGGGUUGGGGACCCGUGAGCUAGAGAGUCUUUUAACUGGACGAACUUCACUCACAAGAUUCGUUUGAGACACAAGACGAGUAUCUGAGAACUAGACGUAAAAUAACAUGUCAUUAAUAGUCAUGUCAUGUGUCAUUUGUGCGCAUAUCAAACUCUGUAUUCCAGCGUGUCGGGACGCAGACAACAAUGUGUGUCGCAGUGUCGGGGAGACAUGGGCGUCGGCGUGUUUUGUCUACAAGUGCGUCAAGAUAGAGUCCGCGUCCAGCAUCACCUUACAGACGGACGUCCUAGAUCAAAGUGAGUUUGGUGACUACACAUUCGACAUAGAUGACUGUAACACUAACUAGAUGACUGUAACACUAACUAGAUGACUGUAACACUAACUAGAUGACUGUAACACUAACUAGAUGACUGUAACAUUCACUAGUUAGAUUCAAAACGAACUAGGCAGCUUUAAACACUGACUAGGUAGCUGUGACAUUAAUUAUAUAGCAGCAACACUUAAGUUUCGGAAGGCGUGAUACCUGAGCCAGGUGUUGGGACAGGGUCCAUGCAUGACGGACAGAGAGCUGUAAACGUCACCCCCCCCCCCCAGUUCUGUAUGAAAUUUACGCCCCCUGCUUCUGAUGAAAUAAACGCCACAGCCUGUGACCCACACAAUGUGCAACCCCCAUCCCCUUUCCAGUAUAAAAAAAAUAUACGCUACUGCCUGUGAUUAACACAAAAAGUUGUGCUCAUCCCUACUCCGUAUGAAAUAUACCCCCCUGCCUAUGAUUACAUAUACGCCCCUGUCUCUGACCCACACGAUGUUUUACCUCAAGACAUACUGAUGUUGUUGUUUUUCUUUUUCUUUUCUUGUCCACCUAGAAUGUUAGAUGUCCACCGGCAACUACUACAACCCUUAGAGAAUUGACCCAUUUUUUCCACUGGACAUGUUGGGGGCCAGACGGUGUGUGUUUCAACACGGGGUGGACAGGAUUUGUUUUUAUAGGGCGUCGGUGAUUGAAUUCGCACUUAACUUUCGUUAACUUUCGUUUUGUGAAAAUUAAUGGAAACAAAAGCAUAUUCAUUUUAUCUGAAUUUUAUUUUCACAGGAAACCAAGAUUUUAAAACAGUGAAACGUCUUAAAAUAGCACGUUACUUUUUGUAGAGUGGUUUUGUGAAGAGCAAUUCUGAAAUAAUUUUGUGAUGUGAUUUUGAUUAAUAAGCUAUCGGAAAUAAAAUCUGCUUUAAACAAAAAAAGAAAAGAAA